AUGCGAGGCCGAUUCUUGUCAUCGACUUUUCGGCUGGGAUUAUAUCGAACGAAGCAGCAUGUGCGUGCCGGUUCGAAGGGUCAAGAAGAUCAGUUCUCCUCUCGCGCAUCACAUAUCAUAAGCAGACGCGUUCGUGCUGUGGACUGGCUUUAUAUGGAUCCUGUUGAAAAGUGGACAAUACUCGUCGACCUUGGAAGGAGGGCUCCGAUGUUGCUUGAGGACGCCCUCUCUGGAGCCCCUCCAGGAGGGGAGCAAGGUGUCAAGGCAGAGAUGAAUCUAUUAGGAAGGUUGCUGUGUUAUUGCCCUUGUGUUUCCAGGAAUGGAAAGCGUGCGGCUGCAGCUGUGAGUGAGGAGCACCUUUGUGGUGUGUCUUCGCAGAAGCACAGAGGUUUGAUUGAUGGGCUACCUUACUGCGUCCGCCUGCAACUGUGUUUGUCGUUUCUUAUGUGGGUACGAUCACUCCGAGACGUACAGAACACACUUGCACACCUACGAAUGCCAUUUGCCACCACGCGUCGCUUUAAACGUGGAGUUGUUGCCGAUGUUUUCCCAACUUGUCUAUCGGAGAUGUGCGUUGAUCCCUUUACUACUGUAAGUCUGAUGAUGGACGAGUCCCUCAACAGCACCGCCGAGCAGGUGCCCGCCCCUCAUGCGUGGCGUCCUGACGGUUACUACGAGGACGAGGAGGAACGGAGAGCUUGGAGCUUCGCAUCGAGAUUAGGAAAGAGGAGGUCCUCCUGUAUUCCUAGCGGUGGUGGUACGGCCGACAGUGGUGUUGCUAGUGGUCAGUCACGUCGCCGGCGUUCGUGUGUGGGUCUCACCGGUCGGGAUAUGGUAAUGCUUCGCGAAAUACAGGGAAUGCGUCCAGUUCCCAGUGAUGAUGAUGUGCUGGCAGGCCGAUCGGGUCUACAUGUUGGCCGGCUGCGGUUGCAGGCCCCUCCUACAAACCUGGGACAGUCGUACACAAAUGGCCUGUCGGCUUCAUCAUAUGCGCUAAGCGACGCUCAGCGAGGUGCACUCCCUUCCCCGCUUGCGGUUGACAAUGAGGAGGAUGAAGUUUACCAUCAUAACAUUCAUCGUGGUGAGGGAUGUCCACUAGACGAAAGUGGUCAGUUGGAGUGCACGCCUAUUCACAUACCCGUUUCGCUUGCUGCGGACAGAGUCGUCAUCACGCGUCACUGUGCUAUGGCACACGCUGCUAUAUUGACAUCACUUUUUGUCGAGGGACGAACCGUACAGUUUACCACAAACCAUCCACUACUGCUAGAUUACGUGUCUUUCCUUUUUGCUGAGCUUGUUGAGGCUGGGUGGGUAAGUGCGGCGAUAUGUGAGGAAAGCCUGCGUCCAUAUGUGCCUUUGUGGGCGGUAGCGGAGAGCGUGCUGGUAUUGGUCCCACCGAAGGAUACCGAGGUAUGUCGUACCCAUGACGUCCGGGGCACGGCGGACAUGAUCGUUCAGUGCGCCCCAUGCUCCGUUCUUACCGAGGAUGUAGGACAAAUCUCUGGGAGCCGCUUUUACCGAGAUUUGAGAGAAGAGGUACAGAGGCUACAAGCCACUUUAAUUUCUCGAGGAAAUGAUGCGAGUUGGCGGGUGUCGUGGGUUCCGGUUUCGAAAUCAACAUCACUUUAUGCAACUCCUCAGAAAGUCGAUUGCGGUGAUGCGGGGGAGUUCCAGACUUCAGUGAACGAGGUACUCCGCCACUGUCACACAGUCACGUUUCUUUACACACCGCGCAACUGUAGGUUUACCCCUCGUGAGAUGGAGGGCUGGUGGUGGAACGGCCUCCCCAGAAGCGUGCUUGUGGUGGGUGUGAACAGUCACCCCUUGGACAUUGUUUACUUCUUUCCACAGGCACCAUUUUUACAUAAGAAGGUUGGUAACGCGUUCCGGUACCGUGCCGUACGGCGUGUGCUUUUAAGAAAGAACGUACACGGCGGGAGGGAGGGCAUUGUGCGCAACUGGCUAUACCGCAGUCUUUGGUGUCGUGGGUUGGCACGCACGGGCCUUCAGGGACAAUUGGCCGUGAAGGACAAGAUGCGUGUAUUGCCCGGCGGGGAUGUUACCAAAGGUGGUGAGCAUGCUGUAGACGCUCUGAAGUGGGAGCGUACGGUUGAUUACCUAGCCAACCCUGGAAAGAUGACGUGGAUGGCUCUCGUGGCUGCGAAGCUGCUUCAUAUUUAA